AUGCAUCGAAUCAAAAAGAGGUCGCUGAUGACCUCUCUAAAUAACACAGAAUAUAGCACAGCGAUACCCAACAAAAGGAAACAUCAUAAGGUGCGCUUAAAAUUACAGCGGAACAUCGUGGAAGGACUUACCCAUCUUAGUUGUCUAGUAUUGCUAAUAGUAUUAGUAGAAAAUGUUCAAGCCAAUCGCCCGCCACGUUUUAUUAUUGAAGGACAAUCGGAAAUUGUGUUGCGUUUAAAAGAGAGUCCCGAAACGGAAGUUGGUACCUUAAUUUACACCCUCAAGGGCUACGAUCCCGACAAUGAUCCCCUGACAUUUGGCAAACGGCCCUCGGCCGACAGUGAAGUUAUACGCAUCGAAAAUAAGGGCUCCAACGAAGCCAAUGUUUAUCUAGCCAAAGAAUUAGAUAGAGAAACUCAGGAUGAAUACUCAAUAGUUUUAACCCUCACCGAUAAUCAUUACAACGACUAUAAUUAUGUAACGCAAAGUUUUCUACUUCUCGUUGAAGAUAUCAAUGAUAAUGCACCGAUAUUUUUACCCUAUCAGGGGGCUAUUGAAAUACCGGAAAAUAGUGAACCGGGUAUUAUUACAUCACUGGAGGCAAUUGAUGCCGAUGAGGGUGCGUACGGCCAGGUGGUAUAUUAUUUACAAGAAUUGGAAGGUGAUAAUGAUAUGUUCGCCAUUACCACAAAUCAGGGUAAGGGUGUACUGAGUUUAAGGGGCCAGCUAGAUUAUGAAAGUAAAGCUUUAUAUCAGCUACGGGUAUUGGCUGUGGAUCGUGCCAACCAAGGCCCCGUGAAUACUGGAACUGCAGCGAUUUUAAUAAAAGUCAAAGAUAUUGAAGAUCAACCGCCGGAAUUUGUAAAGGUCCAGCCAGUGGCGAGAAUUGCCGAAGAUGCUCCGGUGGGGACAAGGGUCAUGCGGGUGCUUUGUGUUGAUGGUGAUCGUGGUAUUAAUAAUCCCAUUGCCUAUGAAUUGGAAUCGAAUGAAUUGUUUGCCAUUGAGCGAAACACGGGGUGGAUUUACACCAUUCGGGAAUUGGAUCGUGAGGAUCCUAGUAAUCAAGUGAAUGGAGCGUAUAUUUUGAAAAUCACCGCCAAGGAGAUAUCCAAGUCCAACCACCCACCACCCAACUCCGCUCAAGUAAAAACCGAGGUAACAAUUAUCGUAUCGGAUGUCAAUGAUGAGAUACCGACAUUCGGAGAAUCCAUCUAUCGUUGUGAAGUCAAUGAAAAUGCCCAAUCGAAUACUCCCCUAAAUUUUAUUGAUGGUGAUGUUCGGCAUUUUGUCUAUGAUCGUGAUGUCGGCAAUAAUGGAACCUUUCGUCUAUUCCUCGAUCCACCAAAUGAUUUGUUUGAAAUAGUACCCGAUAUUGCUGUAAACGAAGCUAGUUUUAUGAUACGUGUCAAAAAUCCAAGAUCUCUAGACUAUGAACAAUUGAAAGAGAUUAAUUUUACCCUAUUUGCCCGAGAAGUGGAUGAACCGAGUCGUUAUUCUUCGGCACAUAUUCAGAUUUUCAUUCGAGAUCAAAAUGAUAAUUUUCCGGAAUUUUCUCAGAGUAUUUACAAUGUCUCACUACCAGAGAAUAGUGAAAUUGGUACAGCGGUGGCGAAAAUUGAGGCCAGUGAUGUCGAUUCGGGCGAUUAUGGGAGUUUGGGUAUACGUUAUCGUAAUCUAAGGGGAGGGAUUGCGCAUUUAUUACACCUGAACCCUAUUACCGGUUUGGUAACCAUCAAGCAAUCCGGUGGCUCAGCCUUCGAUCGUGAGAUAGUCUCCCGCCAUUAUAUGACCGUUGAGGCCAUAGAUAAUUUGGGCUUGGGAAAUCGUAAUACUGCCCAAUUAAUUAUCAAUAUCGAGGAUCUCAAUGAUAAUGCCCCCACCUUCCUGCAAAGGCAAUAUGAGACUACGCUACUGGAAAAUAAAAUGGAAUUUGAACAUCCACUGCAAUUGGAGGCCCGCGAUAAUGAUCUCAAUGGCACGGAAAAUAGUCAAAUAACCUAUGAAAUUGUUGAAGGCAUGUAUCGUGCAAAUUUCUCCAUAGAUCCAGAAUUAGGUAUUCUCCGACCCCUCAAUCCUUUCGAUUACGAACGUUUGGUCGAACACAAACAGAGGCAUCAUUCACAUGACACUAAGCAGGCGGAUAAAGGUGUACGGGUGUUAGAUCUGAUGGUUCGUGCUCGAGAUUCGGGUAUACCAAUGCUGUCGACUGUGGUCUCAGUACUCAUCUAUGUCCAGGACAUUAAUGAUAAUCCACCGAUAUUCCUUAAAAAUUUCUAUUCGAAAAGUAUACCAGAAGAUUUACCGGGUGGUAGUUCGGUAUUGCAAGUAGCUGCCAUAGAUCGUGAUGGUUCAUCACCGAAUAAUGCAAUCGUUUAUCGUAUACAAUCGGGUGCAGAAGAUAAAUUUGUCAUCAAUUCUGAAACGGGUAUUAUAUCGGUGGCUCAUGGCGCUAAUUUGGAUCCAGAUUUGACGGAAAAUAAAACAACACAAUAUACAUUGAGUGUGCUUGCCAUUGACGGUGGCAUUGGGAAUUCGCAGCUCAUGAAUAUAGCCACGGUUAAUAUAACCAUCAAAGAUGUUAAUAACAAAUUACCCAUACUAACAGAAUUGCCAACACUACAAAUUGUGGAAAAUACCCCCGUUGGAACACAAAUAUAUAAAAUUGUGGCCAACGAUUCCGAUGAAAAUCCCAUAAUUCGUUAUAAAAUCAAUGCCCACAAUUCUGAGGCACGUAACGAAGAGGGAACGAUUGUGAAACAAAGUGAAUAUGAUUAUAUUGCAAUAUUCGAUUUAGAUCCUAUUGAUGGCACCCUGCAGCUAAUGAAAUUAAUCGAUCGUGAACGGGUCGAACACAUCAAAUUGGCAGUUAUUGUAGAGGAUUUGGCAGCCGCCAAAGGUCGUCAGGUGGUGGAAAGUUUCCUAACAAUACAGGUGACCGAUGAAAAUGAUAAUAAUCCGAAAUUUAAGCAACCAUUCUAUAAGCGAUCAAUAACGGAGAAUAGUAUGAAUGGGGUGCUUAUAGCCAACGUGAUUGCCUAUGAUAUCGAUAAGAAUCGUACGAUAACCUAUAGUUUGGAAGGUAACCCCUUGAUAAGGCAAAUGAUUCAUAUGGAUUCGCAUACAGGAGAAAUUGUGGUAGCCAACAAAAUUGAUCAUGAACAAUAUCAAUGGUUGAAUUUUUCGGUAAGAGCCACCGAUUCGGGAGUUCCACCACGUUCAUCACUGGUAGAUGUUUUCGUUUCUGUGCUCGAUGAAAAUGAUAAUAAUCCUUAUUUUAUUGGUGGUUCAAAAAAUUACACCAUCAGUGAAUCCGCUGUGGUGGGUACACGUAUUGGUACCAUACAAGCGGCCGAUGCAGAUUCAGGAGAUUUUGGAAAAAUCACAUUCCUAAUGGAUCGCAUUAGUUCGCAGGGUAAAUUUUCCAUUGAUGCCGAUACGGGGGUGCUAAGUGUUAUCGAUAAGCUGGAUCGUGAGACAAAGGAUUUCUAUAUGCUAGUCAUUGAGGCAUGGGAUAAUUAUCAAUUUGGCUUCUUGGCCGGUGAAUCGCGUAAUGCGUUUAAACAGGUUUUUAUUACAAUUCUGGAUGAAAAUGAUAAUGUCCCCGAGAUAUCUGUACCCUCGUCGUGUGUCCUAAUUACCGAGUACCAUGAAUUAAAUGAAAAAAUUGCCACCAUCAAGGGUAAAGAUGCUGAUGAUCCGCAGACCCCCAAUGGAAGAUUGGAAUUUAAAAUCACCAAAGGAAAUCAGGAGGAAUUAUUUGAGCUGCGACAGAUAGAUGCAUGGAAUGCCCACAUUUAUGCACGGACAUCAUUGCGCAAUCGUUACGGCAAUCAUUCGUUAACAAUAACCACUCGAGAUUUAGGUGCUCCACCAAAUAUCGUUACGAAAAUUCUUGACAUCUGUAUUUCCGAUUUUAAUGAUCAUGCUCCGGUGUUCAUACAACCCCUACACAAUACAACAGUGCGUGUACCUGAAAAUGCCACUGUCGGUUCACUAAUACUACAAGUUAUGGCCACCGAUGAGGAUAUUGGUAUGAAUGCUUUGGUUCACUAUCGCCUUAAACCUGACCCCCUCGGAAGUUAUAAACUUUUCGAAUUAGAUUCGGAAACGGGCCAUUUGUUUCUGAAAGAACCCUUAGAUCGUGAUAAACAAAAAAUACAUGAGAUACGCAUCGAAGCCUAUGAUCAGGGUUUACCAACAUCACUGAGUACCGAUUUGGAUUUAACCAUUUAUAUACGCAAUGUCAACGAAUAUGAACCGCAAUUUAUUGUCGACGAGAUUGCUGUAAAUUUUACGGAACACGCUGAUCCUGGUGCGGAACGUGUAAAACUACCCGAUACAAUUGAUAAAGACGAAGUCGACGAUCUGGAUGAUCCACCUAGUCAAGUGUGUUACUUCAUUGUUAAAGGCAAUGAUGAGGAAAAUUUCCAUUUGGAUCCAGAGACCCAUAUUUUGACAACACAAAAACAACUUGAUCGAGAAAUUAAAGCAUUCUAUAAUCUGUACGUCAAAGCGACAGAAAAUUGUAAUGAAUCGGGAACAGGAGCAUUCAAUGUGGAGGCUGCUCACAAAAAUCUCGAUAUCGAAAUUGAUUACGAACCCACUAGACCUCACAAUCGACGUCAGGGAGGUUUCCUGCGCAACAAAGAGGGUUACGAUCGUUAUAAACAUUCCCGAAAUUUGCGUUCAAUUGAGCAUUUUGAAUAUGAUCAUUAUGGGAAUUUUACGAGUGCUAGCAGUGAAGAAUUGCUAAUGAGCGAUAGUACGAUUGUUAGGGUACGAGUACAUGUUUUGGAUAUCAAUGAUAAUCCACCUAGAUUUCGUUCGAAAAUUUUCACCGGUGGUAUAACAACAAGUGCUGAUUUUGGUACACGGUUUAUGCGUGUCGAGGCAGAGGAUUUGGAUGAAGGACCAAAUGCCAUAAUAAACUACUAUCAAGUGGGAGAAAUCCGGCAAACUCUGUCAGAGGGUUUGGAAAAUAUACGAACCUCACCAUUUUUGGUUGAUCAACAGACGGGUGAAAUACAAUUGAAUUUUGAUCCUCAAAAGGGUAUGAAGGGUUACUUUGAUUUUAUGGUCUUGGCCAAUGAUACGGUGGGCAUGAAGGAUGUGGCUCAUGUUUUUAUCUAUUUGCUAAGGGAAGAUCAAAAAGUUCGUUUUGUUUUUCGUCUACAACCGAAUGAGCUGCGAGAGAAAAUACAAAGGUUUCGGGAAACCCUUAGCAACAUUACCGACACCAUUGUCAACAUAGAUGAGAUUAAGGUCCACGAGAACAAAGAUGGUUCGGUGGAUAAAACCAAAACGGAUUUAUAUAUGCAUUUAGUUGGCAAAGAAGAUAAUUCUAUUUACGAAGUAGCGGAUGCCUUGAAUCUCUUCGAUACUCAUAUAGAACAUUUAGAUGGACUGUUUAAGGAUCUAAAUGUCUUGGAUACGCAGCCGGCCGAGGCUCAAUUAUUGCAAGCUGGCCAACAAGCAAAUGCCAUGUAUAUUUGGUUAGUCUUUACAAAUCUCUUCUUGGCAACACUGUUGGUCGUCACCCUGGCCUUGUGUGCCUCUCAACGCAGCGGCUAUAAACGUCAACUGAGGGCAGCUAAAGUUAAUAUUUUUCGAAAUUCAUCACUAUCUCUACAAAAUCCCCAUGAACCAACUACACGUGUCCCAAAUACGAAUAAACAUAGUGUCCAAGGUUCUAAUCCCAUUUGGCUGAAGGGGUAUGAAAAUGAAUGGUUCAAAAACGAUGAAAAUUUAAGUCAAAGUGGUCACGACAGUUUGGAUGAUAACUUUCUGGCCGUGGGUACACCCAAUAUACAGGAAACCCUAAAGGGUACGGCGAAACUAUUCAGUCACACCAACGAUUUAAAUCGUCACUUUAAUGUUUACAAUCAAAUUGAUAAAUUAACUAAUAAUGCUCAGAUACUUGCAAGGAAAUUGGAAACAACAGAAUUAUAG